AUGGCAGGCAGUCAAAACGACGCUUCGGAGGAAUUCACCUCCUUCUACCUCCAGCAAGCCACCAAAGAGUUCGCCGAAGAUCUUGACAAGCAGGGCACAGCUCUCUUCUCGUCAGCUGACCAGCGCCGUAUCAUGGAUGCCGCCCAGAAGCAGCCGGAAGAGGGCUCGCACGAGGAUACGAGCAGCAGCGGUAGCAGCAUUAGCGACGAGGGAAAAUGA